CGAUUCGAUCUUUCGACCGGGCGCGAAAGCCCCCCAACCCUGACGCGGCGCGGCGACCAUGGAAGUCGACUCGACCCUCCCCGGCGGUGCGAUAAAGGUGGAGUGGCCCAGGAGCGGAGAGGGCAACGUGCUCCGGCUCGAGGAGGCGUACCAGGGGCGCGCGAUGUUCGUGAAAGUGAAGUGCCUCGUCGGAGACGCUCCGUCCGAGCUCUCGCACCACCCCGAGCUGCGCCUCCGCUUCCCGCCGAGGCCCGGCAACGGCGCCCCUCUUAUCGCGAACGGGGUGAGCAUUCAGGCGCGCGAUGACGUGGAGGUUCUCCUGAAGAGGGACAGGGCGGGCUGCUACGUCUCCAUGGACGAGUUGGUUCUGUUCGAGUCGAUACGUUUUGAGAUUUCGUGCGAGAAGGAGCGUUGGGCCACCGGCAGGGUGGUGCGCAACGACGCCGAGGGCGAUUUCGUCGCCGACGACGGGGCGUGGUCCCUCGAGCUGAACCCCUCGGGUUCCGCGUUGGGUUCCACCGCCGCGCAAUGGGGUCGCGCCUGCGUCGACCUCGACGCGUCGCCCGGAGCCGCCGAAGAUGCAUUCGCGAUGAGAUCCCAAACGAUCCACUCGGGUCUCUCCUCGGCGCUCGGCGCGGGUGCACACGACGGGGGAUGCGCACUGGGUCUGGAGCUGUGCCUGGUGGGGACGUGCGACGGGAGGCACACGUGCAUGACUCGGGAGAGCGCGCUGCAGUGGUGGAAGGUGACGAGCCCGCGAUCCUUCGUCCAGCGGCCCAGCCUCGACGCCAUCGUGGAGCUGCACGACUGGCCCGAGACUGGCAGCGACGACGAGGACGGAAGCGGGGAGUCUGCGCCCAGCGACGUGGACGACAUCGACAUUCACGCCACGUCCGACAUCGACCCAAACCGUGCAUCGACUCAAACGUGCUCCCCUUCGAACGGCAACGGCGUCGGUGUCCUCGACGCAAACGGCGAACCAACCGACGCGUUUGACGGCGCGAGGGCUCCACUUCGAACGGCGCCGUGGAGUCUGGUGCCGUGGAAAGGGGAGAUGAGCCUCUUCGACCGCGCGGAGCUGCUGCGGAACGUUCGCAAGAAGUACGAGGAUCUCAUGCACGAGUACCACUCCACGAACACGGAGGACAAGACGGGCGCUUCGAACGAUCUGUUCACCGGCGAGCUCACCUGGUUCAGCGCCGGGAUCAGGAUCGGCGUCGGGCUCGGGUUGGGGGUCUGCCUGGGCCUGGGUCUCGGGCUCGGAGUGCUGGUUAACGGGUACAAGGUGAGCCGGGACCGUCUGAGCAACAUGAAACAGGCGCUGAGGCUGGGGUACAGGAGGUGAGAUACGACGAAACAAAUCACACGACCGGAGGAACACGCUUGUUUUCGCGGACUGCGGAGCGGAGGGGAAGUCGCAGACUGCCCCGCGGGGACGUGACGCCAACACGUCUUUCGCCCCACCUGGCUCUGAUGAGAAAUAGUUCGAUACGUAAUGACGAUGAAGUUUUCCGCUUCUUGAAUGUGAUGAUUUUGUAUGCG